AUGCCAGAAUAUGUCAAGUUUAUGAAGGACUUAGUUACAGAGAAAAGAGUUGUAAGUCUUGAUUUUACUAAUGAUGUUCACCAUUGCAGUGCCAUUGCUACCAUAUCUUUGGUUCAGAAAAAAGAAGGCCCAGGUGCAUUCACUAUUCCAUGCACCAUCGGGUCAAUCAGCUUUGCAAAAGCAUUGUGUGAUCUCGGAGCCAACAUUAGCUUGAUGCCACUAGCCAUCUACAAGAAACUGGGAUUGGGAGUUCCAAGACCCACAACAAUGAGGUUGAUAAUGGCUAAUAGAUUAGUUAAGCAGCCUGUGGGAAUCCUAUGUGAUGUACUUAUGAAAGUGGACACCUUCAUUUUUUCGGCUGACUUCGUGAUCUUGGAUUGCGAAGUGGACUUUGAAGUCCCCAUUAUUUUGGGAAGACCCUUUUUGGCCGCAGGAAGAGCUUUUGUGGAUGUUGAAAGAGGAAAGUUGAAGUUCAAACUCAACAAGGAUAAGGUAAAGUUCAAUAUUUGCAGGUCAAUGAAGCAACCCAAUGAUAUCAAUGUGGUUUUUCCAAUAGAGGUGGUUGUUGAUGAGGACAUGAGGGGUAUGGGAGCACACUCGUAUGUUCCAAAGAAAUUGGAGUUGGACUUGAAAAACAGGCCAAGCUCUCCAGCAAAACCAUCCAUCGAGGAGCUACCGGUGCUGGAACUGAAACAGUUACCCAGUCACUUCAGGUAUGUAUUUUUGGGUACUAAUAACACUUUAAUUGUGAUCUUGGCUGCAAAUUUAAUUGAAGAGAAGGUGCAGGAGAUUAUCAAGGUGUUGAGAAGAUACAAAUGGGCAAUUGGGUGGACCAUUGCUGAUAUAAUUGGAAUACCUCCUGGUAUAUCCACUCACAAGAUUCAACUUGAGGAGGACUGA